AUGGGCCGUCUCCAGGAAUACCAGGUCAUCGGCCGGCAUUUGCCGACCGAGUCCAACCCGACUCCCUCGCUGUACCGCAUGCGAAUCUUCGCCCCGAACACGGUCGUCGCCAAGUCCCGGUACUGGUACUUCAUGCGCGGUCUCCGCAAGGUCAAGAAGGCCACCGGUGAGAUCGUCAGCGUCAACGUGAUCAGCGAGAAGCACCCCCUCAAGGUCAAGAACUUCGGCAUCUGGAUCCGCUACGACUCCCGCUCCGGCACCCACAACAUGUACAAGGAGUACCGUGAGCUUUCAAGAACCGGUGCCGUCGAGGCCCUGUACUCCGACAUGGCUGCCCGCCACCGUGCCCGUUUCAGAUCUAUCCACAUCCUCCGCGUUGUCGAGCUCGAGAAGACCGACGACGUCAAGCGUCCCUACAUCAAGCAGCUGGUCACCAAGAACCUCACCUUCCCUCUGCCUCACCGUGUCCCCAAGAUCAGCACCAAGAAGGUCUUCAGCGCGAAGCGACCGUCGACUUUUGCUUAA